CUUCUCUGUCGCCUCCGCACAGUCUCCCAGGCUGGAGGACGCACGCGAGCCGUCCGCGGGAGGGACAUCAUCCGUGCGGGAGAAGGGUGGCCUGCAGUCCCUGUCCCUGGCGACCCCUUCCAGGCUCGGCGCCCCCUGCGUCCCCUUCUGCAGCAGCAGCAGCCAAGUCGGGUGCGGACGCCGGGCAGGGCGCGCUGCCGGCGCCGGACCCCGAGCCUCCGCCUGGCGGUCGCCCGGUCGUCUCCGUUAACCUCGUUCUGAGCCCGGAAAGCGAAGCUGCUCCAGGAAGUUCGCAGACUCCGAGCCCCGGUGGGUUUUGUGCACAUCAUGACCAGUUUUGAAGAUGCUGACACAGAAGAGACAGUAACUUGUCUCCGGAUGACUGUUUACCAUCCUGGCCAGUUGGAAAGUGGAAUAUUUCAAUCAAUAAGGUUUUAUAACCGAGAGAAACUCUCUUCCAGUGAAGUGGUGAAGUUUGGCCGAAAUUCUAACAUCUGUCAUUAUACUUUUCAGGACAAACAGGUUUCUCGAGUUCAGUUUUCUCUGCAGCUGUUUAAAAAGUUUAACAGCCCAGUUCUCUCUUUUGAAAUUAAAAAUAUGAGUAAGAAGAUCAACCUAAUGGUUGACAGUUCAAAGCUGGGCUACCUAAAUAAAAUGGACCUCCCAUACAAGUGCCUGGUCAGAUUCGGAGAGUAUCAGUUCCUGAUGGAGAAGGAAGAAGGAGAGUCAUUGGAAGUUUUUGAGACUCAAUUUAUUUUUUCUCCAGUAUCACUCUUACAAGAAAACAACUGGCCCCCCCACAGGCCCAUACCCGAGUAUGGCAGCUACUCAUCCUGUUCUACCCAAAGCUCUUCUCCUACAGAAAUGGAUGAGAAUGAAUCAUGAACACAGAGGGUCUGAGAGGGGAAAGACCAGGACGGAGAGCUCCACAGAUGCUUUAUAGACACUACUUAGGGAGAGUCCUCUGUCACACGGCCAAAUUUGGGAUUUUGUUUUAUCAUUUUAAAGUCUGCAAAUUGUGUUAGUCAUCAACUUAGUCAUCUGUUGCAUUCCUGGAUCUAUAAUCUGUGAGGGUUAAUGUACAAAAAAAGUGUCCUUUUUGAUGAAAUAGUGUUCUCAAAAUAAGGUGACAUUAUUUUUUCUUUGUGCUUGAUUUUCUUCCUGUGUGUUUUGUUUUGUAAGAAACAGUCUCUUGGUUUGUUAAUUGUUUUCGAGGUCAACAACCAGCAGGUUGUUACUAGUGUUCGCAGCCUCUUGGUACUUGUAGUACCCAAGUCCUGGAGUGCGUUGUAGACUGCUGUCUGUGUUGGUGAGGUUUGAAUAUGGACAGACUUAUUUGGGAAAUAAUACCUUGCUUUUUUAUAGAAUUGUAGAGUUCUUAUUGCUAGCAUGGCAGUUUUCCUUGUCUCCAGUCAGCUUCCAAAACUGGUGUUUAAACAUUGUAAAGAAGCACUGUGUUGAAUUUAGAAUUAUUUUCUUACCAAAUUUGAAGUUUGAUUUUUAUGUACCAUAUACAGUUUUUAAAUUCUAUGGACUUACAUUUUUAAUAGCAUCCACACACAUAAUAAAGUCUAAGUGUAAUUUACUAACCAUUUUCUUUGGAGCUCUUUCUAAAGAAGGGAAAGAACUAUUCUUGGGCCACUUUACAUAGGGCCACUUUAUAAUAAAUGCUAAAAUGUUUCUAAAAGUUAAUCUACAGAAAAAGUUGGAUUCACAAAGAAUGAAGAUUCUCAUUCAACUAAUUUUUAACGGAAGUAGUUAGUAAAUGUUAAAUAAAUAAUGCUAACAGUUCAGUUAAGUUAAAUUCUAGCAUUACCAGGUAGUGAAGCUCCCUGUAAAAUUUUCCAGGUAAAUAAAAUUUCGUGCAGUAAGGGACCAUAUAUUUAUAACAACUUUUUAACAUACAUUUUUUAACUUUUUAAAUAUUUUUAUUUUUUUAUUUCAAAUUAAUAUGAGGGAACACAUUUGUAGCUUACAUUGUUCUCACUUCCAAGGUAAAGUUCAAGUUGUAAGAGAGCCCCUCACCUGGGCGGGGGGUGGGGUGGCAUGCUGAAUACCCUUAUCUGGUCUGUAUUCUAAUUUUUUUUUUUUAUUCAGACCACUGGUCACUCUUGGGCUAUAGUUUAUGAUGUCCACUCCCCAGCCCUGGGACUAUUCCAGUAGGGUGACUCAUUUGUUACCAUACAAACUGGCCUGAACAACUAUUCCAGUUCCUAUGUGUAGUUUUCCUGUGUUAGGCAGAGUAGGGCCUGUCCAAACACGUGCAGUUUCCAUGUACUAAUCUCCAGAACCUGUGACUAUGUUCUUAAAUGGCACAGGGGAUUAAGGCAGCAGAUAGAAUUAAGGUUGCUUCUCAGUUGACCUUAAAAUCGAUUAUCCUGGAUUAUCUGGGUAGGCUCAUUUAAUCACAGUGUCCUUAAAAGUAGAAGAGAGGCAGACCAGGAUGUCAGAGUGAUGAGGUCUGAGAAAAACUUGACCUGCUCCUGCUGGGUUGAAAGAUGGAAGGAAGGAAGCCAUAAGCCAAGGAAUGUGGGCUGGAAAAUGUCACUGGACAUAAGGAAGCUGGGAAAGGAAAACCCUCAGAAAGGAAUGAGGUCCUGUGGACACCUUGGUUUUAGCCCAGUAAGACGGUGUCUGACUUGCUUAUCUACAGAACUUUAAGAUGAUAAAUGUGGGUUGCUGUAAGGCACUAAAUUGCAGUAAUGUGUUACCACAGCAAAUAGAAAAGUAAUAUACUCCCCUUGAUCCAAGGUUACUUACUGUCACUUUUUGCUAUAUCAAACAAUUAUGCUAUCUUUUGUAGGCUUAUAGCAUUGUGUCUGAUGUGGAUUCACAAUUUACCCAGCUUGUCAGAACUGCUUACAGUGUUAGUCUCUUGGGUAAAGGCUUCUGUGAGUACAAGAUAUAUACUCCACUGUCUGCAAACCGUCACAUUGUGACUUUUUAGAAGGCUUUCACUUCUGUUUGUUUUGUUGUUGUUUUUUUGUUUUUUUUGCAUCUCAUUCUGUUGUCCAGGCUAGAGUACCUUGGCAUCAGCUUAGCUCACAGCAAUCUCAAACUCCUAAGUUCAAGCAAUCCUCCUGCCUCAGCCUCCCAAGUAGCUGAGACUACAGGCGCCCACCAUAACACCCAGCUAUUUUUUCUAUUUUAGUACAGAUGGGGUCUUGCUUUUGCUCAGGCAAGUCUCAAACUACUGAGCUGAAGCAAUCUACCCGCCUCAGCCUCCUAGAGUGCUAAGAUGACAGGCAUGAGCCGCUGCACCUGGUUCUGUUUUUUUAUCUUUAAGACUGAUGUAUGAGUUGCUAAAUUACAAAGCUUUAAUAUUAGUAGUGUCACUGAACCCAAAAAAUGUUAGCUGAUUUUUAGGGGCAGAAAAAUCUCAUAUUCAUAUAAAAUAGUUAAUGAUUUCUCCUAAUAUAUAUCUUGGAAAGGGUUUGUUCAACUUGAGAAAUAUUAAAUUUAGUAUUUUUCUUAAAAGAUUGGCAGAGGAGUGGGUACGUUGCUAAACAGUAAUUUAUCAUUGUUCUCCAAAGAACAGGAACAUUUUCCAUAGCUCAAUUCCAAUAGUAAAUAAUAAUGCUCCAAUAAUAAAGGAGCAAUAGGUUAGUAUUAGGACUUUUAUUACAAAACAUAAAAUUUCUCUAAAACUACACAAGCACAAAGGGGGUUGUUGGAGGAAAACUGAACUAUCUCCUAGAACCCAGUGAAGGAAUCCGGCAGACUUCAAAUCCAGAUUCAAAGGCCACAGCUCUGCCCCUCAGAGUAUAUCGACUCUAUAUUUAUUCCUGAGGCCAUAUGGUGGCAUGUGGCCACCCACUGCUCCAAAGUUUUAUAUGUUACUGAUCUCUCAAAGAGAAUCUGGUCUCCAAAUUUCAGUUCCAGGGAAGGGUCAGCUGGGGUCAGGUGCCCACCCUUCUACCCAUCAACUCUCCUUAGGUAACAUGAUCACAUUUCAUAACCGCUGCUCUGGUUAGUGGCCAUGUGGAUAGAAAAAACAUUUUCUCUGGCUCAGCACCUGUAGCUCAGCAGCUAGGGCGCCGCCACAUACACAGGAGCUGGCGGGUUCGAACCUAGCCUGGGCCUGCCAAACAAGGACAACUACAACCAAAAAAUAGCCAGGCGUUGUGGUGGGCGCCUGUAGUCCCAGCUACUUGGGAUCACUGAAGCCCAAGAGUUUGAGGUUGCUGUGAGCUAUGACAUCACAGCACUCCACCAAGGGAGACAUAGUGAGAUUUUUGUCUCAAAAAAAAAAAAAACAAGAAAAAAACAUUUUCUCCAAAAAAAAUGCCACAGCGGGGUGGAGUGGAGGCAAACAAAAAUAUUAUUUGAUAUGAGGUACUGCAGCUAAGAUGUGAAAAUUUGAAUACAUAUCUUAAUAAUUUGUCCCAGGAAACAAAUUUUUUUCUUGGGACCUUUAAAUAAAAAGGUAUAUUAAAUUGG